CUGUUUUCAUUCUUUCAUUAUAUUACACAGAUCCAGACUUCAUUCAUCAACAAUCUCUCCGGUUUUCCCUCUCCUGGUUUCCUGCUACUCACACCCAACAAUUUCAUUAAAUAAUUAUCAAUGGCAGAAUACCAGGAGAACAACACUACUGUCGGUGUUCGGGUCACCCGGUUGGCUAAGAAAAGAGCAAUGUUAUCUCAAUCCGAACAACUCCCGAACAAGAAAACCCGAAUGGCGUUGGCCGAUUUAUCGAAUUACAAUCUGGGGUAUCUUGAAAAUUCGAAAAAACGCAUACCCAAUAAAAAAGUUUUACACUUGGAAGCAAAAAAUGAUGGAUUGAAAGCAUCUGGAGACGACGAAGAAUUCGUCGAUAAGGAGAAGAAGAAGGAUUGUUUUAUUGAAGCAAAUGGGGAUUCAUUUAGUGAUCCACAGAUGUGUGAAACUUAUGUUUCUGAUAUUUAUGAUUAUCUUCGUAAAAUGGAGAUGGAAGUAAAGAGAAGGCCUAAGGAAGAUUACAUUGAGAAAGUGCAAAAAGAUGUUACUGCAAAUAUGAGGGGAGUAUUAGUAGAUUGGUUGGUUGAAGUUGCAGAGGAAUACAAACUUCUUCCAGAGACUUUAUAUCUCACAAUUUCCUACAUCGAUCGGUUUUUAUCAGUAAAUGUACUUAACAGACAGAGGCUUCAGCUUCUUGGAGUGUCUUCAAUGCUCAUUGCAUCAAAGUAUGAGGAGAUUAGUCCCCCAUGUACCGAAGAUUUCUGUUACAUUACUGAUUAUACUUAUACGAAUCAAGAAGUAGUGAAGAUGGAAGCUGAGGUGUUGAAAUCACUCAAAUUCGAAGUGGGAAAUCCCACGGUUAAAACGUUUCUUGGUAGAUAUAUUAGGAUUGCUCAAGAAGAAUACAAUACGCCAGAUUUGCAGUUUGAAUUCUUGUGUUAUUAUUUAGCCGAAUUAAGCUUGUUAGAAUACGGUUGCAUCAAGUUUUUGCCUUCAAUGGUGGCUGCAUCGGUUAUAUUUCUCGCAAGGUUUAUGCUCAAACCAAACUCAAAUCCAUGGAGUUUAGCUUUGGAAAAGCUCUCGGAAUAUAAGGCGUCUGAUCUAAAAGAAUGUGUUGAAGUUUUACAUGAUCUGCAAUCAAGCAAAAGAGCUGGACAUUUAGUAGCAAUUAGAGAAAAAUACAAGCAAGUUAAGUUCAAAUGUGUGUCUGAAGUGUCUUCUCCAAUGGCUAUUCCAACUUCUUUCUUUGACAAUGUCAAGAUGCGAUAGCUUUUGCUCAAGAAUAACCGGUAUUUUCAUUGACUACACCAAAUUGAUAAAGAUUCACAUUCGAUUAUAGAAGUGUUUGAAGCAAGAUGAAUAUAUCACAAAGCUUAACAAACGAGGCACGGGUUUGAUUUGUAUGAUGCCUCUUAGAAUGCUUUGAAUGGUCUUGGCCCUACUAACUUAGUGCAAGCUAAGAUUGAGAUUGUAAUUGUUCUACAUAUCAAGUUUUGCAUUUUGAUAGAGAUUUAUUAGUUUAGAUGAAAAAAUAUAGAUGAAUGUUGUUACUUGUUAGAAAGCCUGGUUAUUAGUAAUAG